CUAAAUACAAAACAUUCAUAUAUUAGAAAAACGAGGCAAUAUAAUCAUGGCUAAGUCUACUACCAUCAUCACCAUUCUCUUUGCUGCUCUUGUUUUCUUUGCUGCUUUUGAAGCACCAACAAUGGUGGAAGCGAAGUUGUGUGAGAGGCCAAGUGGGACAUGGUCUGGUGUUUGUGGAAACAAUAAGGCGUGUAAAAACCAAUGCAUUCGUCUUGAGGGAGCACGACAUGGAUCUUGCAACUAUGUCUUCCCUGCUCACAAGUGCAUCUGCUACUUCCCAUGUUAAUUAAUCUACCAAACAUAUAAUAUAUGGUGUUUGUGUGUGUAUUUCCAUAAAAUAAGUCUCGUGUCAUUCUAUGAGAGUGACCUUAUGACAUGUACCAUAUACGCUUAUGUUGGUUUGUUAAAAUAAUAUAAGUUCUGUGUUUCUUCUUGU